CAGAGGCUGGUCGGAAUACUGGACCGAUUGCGGAUGUUGUUAGGUAAAGUGCAGAAAAUCCCGCAGGAGAUUGCGAAAGCCCACGGGGAUGCGAACCGGAGGACCAGUCCGGAACACGACCAGUUUCUGCAGGGGCUGAACUUGCAAAUGCAGGCUUUGGUGUUGGCCGUCGUGGAAACCUGCUUCGCGCAGAUUGAGUAUCUGCAGUUUGUGCAAGAGAAUGGCGUGGAAGAAGUGAGGCACAUGAUCAAACAACAAGAAAACGAUGACCACGACAUGGGCGGUACAACCUCUGAGGAAAAAUCUGAGAUGAAACAGGGCACGUUCAUCCAUCGCGAGAACGACAACCAACAUGGUUCUACUGAUGAUUUUUGUCUAGCAGCAGCAGACGAGUCUUACGAGAUUGGUUGGGCCGACAUUGCAAGGAUCGCUUCCGCGGUGCACGUCCUGAGACCGGAUGACAAGCGACAGUGGCUCCGGGUUCUGGACUUGCUGUCCCGACACAUUGCCAUGCUGGAGGC